UCUUCGAUGCAAAAGGGACAAAGAAGUAGAACUGAAAAUUCAAAGCUUCUCUCUCUCUCGAGCUUUGGUACCUUGUUAGUAUUAUUUUAAUCGUUUUCAGUAGUUUUGCUUUGGAGUGAUGGAAAAUGAGGAAGUUCCAUCAGCACCUUCACCUCCUGCAACACCAGGGACUCCAGGAGCUCCACUCUUUGGUGGGUUCAAGGCAGAGAGAAGUGGGAAUGGUAGGAGAUCCCUUCUCAAGAACUGCAAGUGCUUUAGCGUUGAAGAAUGGGCCUUGGAAGAAGGCACCUUACCCAAAGUCUCUUGCUCAUUGCCACCACCUCCUGUUCCACUUGCAAAAAAGGUUGGAGCUGAGUUCAUAGGCACUUUCAUACUGAUCUUUGCUGGGACAGCCACGGCCAUUUUGAACCAAAAGACACAAGGCUCAGAAACCCUCCUUGGCUGCGCUGCCUCAUCUGGCCUUGCUGUUAUGGUUAUCAUUCUCUCCACAGGACAUAUCUCAGGGGCCCAUCUCAACCCAGCUCUCACCAUUGCUUUUGCUGCCCUAAAACACUUCCCAUGGAAACAUGUGCCUUUGUAUAUUGGAGCACAGGUUUUGGCAUCUCUUUGUGCUGCAUUUGCACUAAAGGGGAUUUUCCACCCCAUAAUUGGAGGGGGAGUCACUGUUCCUUCUGGGUCACAUGGCCAAGCUUUUGCUUUGGAGUUCAUUAUUAGUUUCAACCUCAUGUUUGUUGUCACAGCCGUGGCCACCGACACAAGAGCUGUGGGCGAGUUGGCGGGAAUCGCGGUAGGAGCAACAGUCAUGCUCAAUAUACUCAUAGCCGGGCCAACAACCGGAGCUUCAAUGAAUCCGGUGAGAACACUAGGGCCAGCCAUUGCUGCAAACAACUAUAAAGCAAUAUGGGUGUACCUCACUGCUCCCAUCCUUGGGGCACUGUGUGGGGCAGGAAUCUACUCUGCUGUCAAGCUGCCAGAAGAAGAUGGUGGCAUUCAUGAAAAGCCUUCAACAACAAGGAGCUUCAGAAGGUGACCGACCAACACCAUCAUCACACCUACAUUAAUAACAUCGAAACUCCAACAGAAUAGAAUGAAGGUGGAUCAAAAUGAGUAUGACAACAAUAUGGGAGACAAUUUCAGAAUGAGUCUUGUGGGUACAUAUGUAUAUCACACUGAUAAUAUAUCAUCAAUCAGCAGUAUCAAUAAUACAUAUAUAGCAAUCAAGCUAGAUUUUCCCCCAUAAAAGGGAAAAAUAAUUAUAGGGUAUGAGGAUUGAGGUUUACUUUCAUCGAUCUUCAAGUACAUAUUGAUACCAGGUAAUGCAGAUAUAGUAGUCUAAAAUGGUGGAAAACAAAAUCCCAGGGUUUUAAUGCAUUAUCAUUCAGGCCUCUCUUGUCUUUCCACUGUAUUUGUAUCACCUUUUGAUCAUGUAAAAAAUGCAUGGACUUUUAAGAUUGUAUCUUUAUGUGAUAUUAAUUUCCUCCUCUUUA